AAUCCAGAGGGGCAUUCGACGUUGGUAUAAAGAGCUGCGCGUCAGUUCAGAGCCACAUUUGAAUAUCAUCCAUUGUCAGUCCAGCAUUCAGCACUUCAGAUGACCAGCAAUCUCACUCUCGCACUGUUGCAAUUGCCCGUGGGCGCUGAUGUGUCAUUGAACGUACGUCGAGCGGUGGAGGGCAUUACACAGCUGAAGGCGGAAAAUCCGGAGCUGCAGCUGGCCGUCCUGCCGGAGAGUUUCAACGCGCCGUACGGGGUAGAGUACUUUGCCAAAUACGCCGAGUCGAUACCAGAUGGGGCCACAUGCCGAGCGCUGUCGCGCCUCGCCCUGCAGUUGGGUCUCUACAUAAUUGGGGGCAGCAUCGUGGAGCGCGAGGCAGGAAAACUGUACAACACCUGCACCGUGUGGGCGCCCAACGGCAGCCUCAUCGGCAGGCAUCGCAAGAUUCAUCUGUUCACCAUGAACAUUGAGGCCGCUCACGGUGGAGGCGUGCAGUUCGAUGAAGGGGCUGCCUUAACGGCUGGCUCAGAGCUGACGGUAGUGAAGAUUGGCCAGCACAAGGUCGGCAUUGGGAUUUGCCACGACAAACGCUUCGAGGAACUGGCUCGGAUCUACCGCAAUUUGGGUUGCUCUAUGCUGGUCUAUCCAUCCGCCUUCUGCAUAUGCCAGGGACCCAUGCAUUGGGAGCUUCUGCAGCGCGCCAGGGCCACGGACAAUCAGCUUUUCGUUGUCACCUGCUCGCCCGCCAGGGAUAAUAUGUCGGGAUAUGUGGCCUACGGCCAUUCGAUGAUCGUGGACCCCUGGGCCCGUGUGCAGCGGGAGGCGGGCGAGGGAUGCGAGUUCAUUGUUGAGCGAAUCGACUUUGACAUGGUUGAGCAAGUGCGUCGCCAGAUUCCCAUUCACCAGCAGCGCCGAACUGAUGUGUACGCUAAGGCCAGGGCGGACUCUUAAAGCUGGACUACACAACGAAUUUCAAUUAAAUAAAGAACAAUUAAUAGCAGCGGGA